AAAUGGGUAAUUGUGAACACUGGGUCAAGCCAGUGUCAAAUAAAAAUCCAAAUUUCCUAAAGGCAGACUUUCAUUCAAAUGAUUUCCUGCAGGGGAGAAGGGUCUGCUGCACGAGGCACAGGGGGCUUUGCAGGAAGGGGGACAUCUGACCCCAAGAUCUGCAAGUGUCUCAAGAGUUGGGCAAAGAGUUUCUUUCACACAGAGGCUUAAACAACACCAGGAGGGACCAGGUGUGAUGCUCGGAUAGCAGAUCCCUGAGGCCAGCCUGUCCUUAGGGAUCUGUCGGCUGGCUGCGGUGAGGCCAGGUCAGGGGGAAGGAGAGGAGCUGAACCAGAGUUUGGCCAACAAGCAUUUGUUCUGUUUGGUUAGUGGGGGGAACAGUUCUGCUAAUCACUGAUGAGGUGGAGAUGGGGCUCUGAGGGGACUGCGUCUGGCCUUGUCCUGGAUUAACAAGGGGCCUCCGUGUGAGUCUUAUCUGAGUCAGGUGGGGCACGGGGGUGGUUUCUCGCAGCCUGCCGUUUUCCAGAAGACCAAAGGGUGGGGGUUCCUUUCACCUCCCAUCGAAGUUUCCAGGAGCACAGGGCUCAGGGAGGGUUCAGCAUUGUCCCCUGACACCUGUGAGCAGCCUCCUCUGGGUCCAGCUCAGCACUAAUAGCUUCCCCUGAUCCAGCUUCUGGUUUCAGCAAGUGUAAAAUUCCGCAUUCUUUCUGCCUGGUUUCUUCUCCUUAGUGAGGGUAGUAAGCAUCUCAGGUCUUUGUCCUUUCCUGCUGACUUGUAUUAUUCUGGGCCUUUGGGCCUUAACCAGAGAUGCCUCUGGGGAGAAGUGUCUCAGUACAGAAAAUGUUUUCUCUUCCAUUAGAAUUUCAGGAAAUACAGGCAGUCCCACCCCUUCAUGUGAAAUGGGUGGAGAGAUGGAUUUAAAAGAUUCAGAGAAACUGUAAUGACUCUUCCAUGCAAAGUGCAGAGUUCUGACACUGACUGAAUCUGGUCCACUAACUGUUAUUACCUGGACAACAGAGGACUCGGUGGUCUUUGAGGACGUGGCUGUGAACUUCACCGUGGAGGAGUGGGCUUUGCUGGACCUGGCUCAGAGGAAGCUCUACAGAGACGUGAUGCUGGAGACCUUCAGGAACCUGGCCUCCGUGGGUUCUUGCCCUCAAGUUAAAACCAGUGGAUCAAGUCCUCAGUGGGAUAUUUUGGAGAAUGAACUAUGCAGUGAAAAGAAAAUAGUAAGAUGCACAAGAAAUGAUUCCUGUUCUGUUUUUGGAGAAAACUGGAUAUUUCAUAACAUCCGAGGUCACCAAACUCAGGAGAGGGAUUUCAGAAAUGGUUUGGUGGAGCAUCUCUGCAAAGGUAAUGAAGGUCAUCAAUGUGGAGAAACCCUGAACCAGAUUACACGUCUUACUGUGUAUAAGGGUUAUCCGACUGGAAUUCAGCCCUAUAAAUGCACUAAGUGUGGAAAAGCUUUCAGGGAUUGUUCUUUCCAGAAGAAUCAGCAAAGAUCUCACCCUGGACACAAACCUUAUCCAUGUGAAGAACGUGGGGAAGCCUGCAGCUGUGUCUCGUGCCUAAAUCCUCCUGGGGAAACACACAUUGUAGAGAAACUGGAAAAACAUCAGGAUGCUGGGAGAGCAUCUAAGAGAUAUGUGAAGAGUGGCAGUAGUAAACAGUCUUUAGAGUGUAAGAAGUCUGGAAAAGCUCUCACUUGUCCCUCAUCCUUUAAGGGACGUGAGAGAGGUCACCAUCGACAGAAAAUCCAUGUGUGUAAAGUAUGUGGGAAAUCCUUUAUGUAUUAUUCCUACCUUGCACGGCAUGUGAGAACUCACACUGGAGAGAAGCCCUAUGAAUGUAAGGAAUGUGAGAAAACCUUCCGAUAUCCUGCAUCCCUGGGAGGACAUGUGACAAUGCACACUGGAGAGAAACCUUACGUGUGUAAGGAAUGUGGGAAAACCUUCAGUUGUCCCAAAUACUUCAGAAGACACGUGAAAACACACAGUGGCAUGAAACCCUAUGAAUGUAUGGAAUGCGGCAAAGCCUACAGUUGCUCCUCAUCCCUUCGAGAACACGCACGAACACACAGCGAAGAGAAACCCUAUGAAUGUCAGCACUGUGGGAAAGCCUUCAGGCAUCAGCGAUAUUUUAAAAAGCAUGUUAGAAUGCACAGCGGAGUGAAACCCUAUGAAUGUAUGGAAUGCGGGAAAGCCUACAGUUGUUCCACAUCCCUCCGGGAGCAUGAGAGAACGCACACUGGGGAGAGGCCCUUCGAAUGCCAGCACUGCAGGAAAGCCUUCACUCGCCACGCCUCCCUUCGAGGACACAUGAGAACGCACAGUGGGGAGAGAGCCUACAGAUGUACACAGUGUGGGAAAGCUUUCUGUUGGCCCUCGUCCUUACGAAAGCACGUAAGAAUGCACAGUGAGGAGAAGCCCUAUGAAUGUCAGCAAUGUGGGAAAGCCUUCUGGUACCCCGCAAACCUGCGAGGACACAUGAGGAUACAUGCUGGGGAGAAACUCUGAAUCCAAGGACCGUGGGAGAGACUUCAUUCUCUCUUCAAACUUGUAAUGUGAGCAGCACACUGUAGAGAAAAACUUAUGAAAGGGAAAACGUGGGAAAACCUUCAGCACUUCACUUACUUUGUACAUGAAAACUCAGAGCACAAUAGAAAUCUUUUAACAGAGAUAAAUAUGGUUUUGCCUUGGUAAGUGCCUCAUCCUGAAUAGGGAUCCCAGUGUAUUAAUUUCUAGCUCAUAUUGCUGAUCUGAAUACUGAAGAUAAUAACUAUCUCUCUAUGUCUACUUCAUCUGUACUACUUAUAUUUUGUUAUCUCCAACUUUAAAUAAUCAUACAGUCAUAUAAAGCUUGCCUCAUUUCCAUUA